AUGGCUGUUUCCAAGCUCGGUCUCGUUUGCCUUGCUGCAGGCCUGGUGAAUGCGAACUCCAGGUUUCUCGCUCCCGUCCAGGACAUCAAUCUUCCUGCUAGCGAGAGUGCGGAACAUCCGCUUGAGCACGUCGGCGCCAAUGGUCCUUGGUUUGCAGGACCUAAUGUGCAUGGCAUCUCAUCAGAUAUCCCAGAGAAUUGCUUCGUCGACCAGGCCGCAUAUGUUCUCCGGCAUGGGUCUCGUUACCCCGAUCCCGGUGCCUACAAUGGCUGGGUCUCGAUGCAGGAACGAUUUCAAGCGGGCAACUAUACUGCAUCUGGCAGCCUCAGCUUCCUGCCUAAAUGGCGAACCGCAUUGACGAACCCUUCGGCUCAAAUAUCUAACUUGAGCCCAACUGGAUACAAGGAAGCCCAUGAUCUCGGCUACACUUUGCGAACAAGAUACCCCGACCUUUACAAUGAGGGCGAAGAAUUUAUGGUCUGGGCCAAUAACUACUCUCGUGUUCUCCAAACCGCCAAGCUCUUUGUUCGUGGAUUCCUUGGAACCAACGCGACGUUGUUUGGAGAUGUGGUUUCAGUUACAUCCCGCGGGUUUCCUGGUGGUAUUGGCGACUCUCUAGCUCCUUCAGACAUGUGCCCGACAUUCAAAGACACAGAAGGUGGCGACUAUGUUUCUGAAUGGAACAGCAUCUACAUCCCUCCCAUUCUCGAACGCCUCCAAGCAUUGAUUCAAGGAAAUCUCACUCUUACGCAGAACGACAUCUCUCAGAUCCCAUAUCUGUGUGGCUACGAGAGUCAGAUUACCGGACGCCUCUCGCCAUGGUGUGAUAUCUUUUCCGAUGAAGAAUUCCUGCAGUACGAAUACUUUCAGGAUCUCCGCUACUACUACGGCGUCGGCCCAGGAACCAAUGUUCCGUCAACCAUGAUGACACCGUACUUGAAUGCGCUGAUGGGUUUGUUUGGCGAGGGCCCUUCUGUAACCGGUCAACGUGCAGAUGGAAGUUCCUUCAAGCUCCCCAAACUCAUCAUGUCUUUCCUUAACGACGGUCAACUUAACCAGCUCGUAACAGCAUCCGGAGUUUUCGAUGAGCAAAGUCCCCUUUCAAGUACCGAAAAGGACGAUGACCGUCUGUUUGUGAGCUCCCGCUACACUACCAUGCGCGGAACCAUUGCUUUUGAGCGUCUCAACUGCGUUGUACCUGUCAACGGCACGUCUGGUAACUCAACUCGGCCGUCGCCCCCCACCUGUGGCACAAUCAAACGCAGUAACACGACACUGCCCGCCCCUUCAUCAAACGGAUCCCAGAACGCGACAUUUGUGCGCAUCCGACUUAAUGACGCCGUUUAUCCUGUCCCCUCUUGCAAAAAUGGACCUGGGUCGUCCUGCUUGUUGGAUGACUACAGAAAGUACGUAGCCACCAAACUUGAAGCUCAGGGUGACUGGAUCACAAACUGCAACGUCACUACUGCAGGGGCACCAACUAAAGUCAAGGGAGCAAGUUUUUACACUGAUUUGAGUAGCCCGUGGUUAAGCCAUGUUGCACCAUGA